AUGGCUAAGCGCCAGCGCACCAGGGACAAGACCUACUUCGAAGAGCAGCGCCAAGCGCUCAUCUUGGACAUCGCCACGAGCUUUGAGCACGUCCUCGCCAACAUCAACAAACUGAACCGGGGUCUGGAAGACGUCAUCAAGGUUGGCAACGAGUUCUCCGCCGUCGAAGCAUUAUGGUCGCAGUUCGAAAAUGUCAUGGGCAAAGACGAUGGCGACGCCCAGACACAGUCCAGUCACAGGAGGGACAACGACAAACAAGACCACGACCAGCUAGAGGCACAACAGUGA